AUGUUCAACAACCCCAAGUGUGCUCCUCAAGAGCUGACAGGUACCAAACUAGCCUCAGAUGAGACUGAUGACUAUGAGUACGACGAUGAGUACCUUGAACUGGAGCAGGAACUCUUUAACCAGCCGCAGCAUUCAGAGGACCCUGACUGGUUUGAGGCAUAUUUUGGCUACAGCGAUACUAGCAAAGCAGACCCAUGCUCCUCCAACCCCUGCAAGAACAACGGUAGGUGUGAAAACAGAGGGAGGAACUUCAGCUGUCUCUGCCCCAGGCCAUAUGCUGGGAACACGUGUGAGAGAGUGGAGGACACAUGUCUGGAGAAGAGAUGCCACAGAGGAGACUGCCUGCUUACAUCAACUCCACCUUAUUUUAAGUGCAGCUGCAAUCAUCCUUACAAGAAACCUGACUGCCAACGAGCAUCUUCACCGUGCAGACCAAACCCUUGCAAAAACGGAGGUGUCUGCGUUCGGCACAGGAUCAGAUCGAAGUUCACCUGCGAGUGCCCAGCACCUUUCAGAGGGAGGUUCUGUGAGAUCGGACUGGAUGACUGUUAUGAAGAGAGCUCCUUUAAUUACAGAGGAAGAGUGAACCAAGCAGUGAAUGGCAAGACAUGUCUGCACUGGAAUUCCCACCUUCUCUUGGACCACCCUAUUAAUGCCUUUAUGGAGGAUGCUGACUUUUAUGGCAUUGGUGAACAUAACUUCUGCAGGAAUCCCGAUGAGGAUGAAAAACCCUGGUGCUAUGUCAGAAAAAAUCACAAAGUGGAAUGGGAGUUCUGUGACGUUUCACCCUGCUCAGGAACAGCUGAAGAAAGCCAACAGUCAAUAGACAGCCCCAUAGACCCAAAUGAAAUGUUCAAAACAUGUGGACAACCAGAAAUUCCAAGGAUGCUUCAGAGGAUCUAUGGUGGGACUAAGACCACAGCUGGCAAACAUCCCUGGAUAGCAUCUCUACAGAUUAAGUCGUCACCUAAGGGUGAACAUUUCUGUGGUGGAGUGCUGAUCAAAGCAUGCUGGGUUCUUACUGCUGGGCACUGCGUUGAGCGAUCAGCAAAAUAUCUCCAAGUAGCACUUGGAAAGCAGAACCUCAAGAAGAGAGAGCCUCAAGAGCAAAUAUUUGAUGUGGAGAAGAUCAUCAAACAUUACAACUACAGAAAGAAGAAUGAAGUCCCAUACAAUGAUAUCGCACUACUUAAGCUGAAGCCAGUUGAUGGUCACUGUGCAGUGGAAACAAAGUAUGUGAAAACAGUGUGUCUGCCUCAAGUCCGCUUUCCCGAUGGGACUGACUGCUUCGUUUCAGGAUGGGGUGCCACAGAGAAAGAUGACUUAUCCCAUCAGCUGUUAGAUGUCAACGUCAAGCUGAUUUCGCAGAGGAAAUGCAAUGCACCCAAAGCACAUGAUCAGAGACUGGAUGAAAGCAUGUUUUGUGCUGGAAACUUUCAGAGACCCGGAGCUGAUUCUUGUCAGGGAGACUCUGGAGGCCCACUAACUUGUGUAAAAGAUGGCUUCUACUAUGUGUAUGGCCUUGUGAGCUGGGGUGACGGCUGUGGGUUAAAAAACAAGCCAGGAGUUUAUACCCAGGUGACAACAUUUCUCAGUUGGAUUAAAUCCACAAUUCAGACUGUGUCCGGGUCACUUCAUUAG